GGAAAACCGGGUCGUCAUGAGAGACGAGACACAUGUCACGGUGAGAGAGAAUAAUGGUCGGUGAAGGGCAGCUUGGGCAGCUGCCCGUGGAGUUGGUUUGCCCUAAAGGCUUCCACGCAGAGAGAUAGGGAAGAACGCAGAACACGUUGCGUUUCUCACUCUGUUUCUAUUACGGUUCUCGAAGCGUAAGGAAGUUACAGAGAGGAAACAACACACUUCUCUCCGAUGUUUUUAUAUGUUCUACUGAUUGUUUAGAUCGAAGGAAAUGUUUACCGGCGGCCUGAUCAGUUUACCGCAGAUUGUGGUUGGUGGGGGUUUUCAAUGACGUAUGUCUCUGGAGGAUGCUGAGCGACGACGACGAUUCGCAGGAUCAAUGCCGGGAACGACGGCGCCGGAGGAUCGAGAUGAGGAGGCUGGCGGUGAUAUCUGCGGCGAACUCUCCACCGAUACCGUCAAACCAGAACCAGAGGGAGAACACUAGCCGGACGGAAUGCUCGGCGGAUUCAAAACGGAUUCGGAUGACCGAAAAAAUAGAUCAUCUCCCGGAGCCUUCAUAUUCUUCUUCCGGUGAUGAAGUUGAGGCUUCGUCCGCUCCGGAGAGUGAGGUUCCGCCGGUAAGCGAACCGGUUUUUGGAUCCAUGUCGGUUUCGGGGAGGUCGCGUGACAUGGAGGAUACGAUAUCUGUGCGGACGAGCCUUUGCCGGCCUGAGAUCAGCACACGACGACCAGUGCAUUUCUUCGCUGUGUUUGAUGGCCACGGAGGACCUCAUGUGGCGGCAUUGUGUAGGGAAAGGAUGCACAAAUUCGUAGAGGAGGAGCUGACGCGCUUGAGUAGGACGGGGGAGACAGAGAGUGGGAGUGGCAGCAGCUCCAGAAACGGGCAUGAAGAACGCCAGGGGCUACUUGAAGAGAGGUGGAGAACAGCGCUGCGAAAGAGCUUCGAGAGGAUGGAUGAGGUGGCAUUAAGCACGUGCACGUGUGGCAGAGUGGGGUACAAGUGCAGGUGCCACCCGGUGGAGUUGGCGCUGGGUGGGUCUACAGCCGUGGUGGCUCUUCUCUCGCCCGAACGUAUUGUCGUCGCCAAUUGCGGCGACUCACGCGCUGUCCUUUGCCGUGCAGGCACCGCAAUACCUCUCUCGCAGGAUCAUAAGCCUGAUAGAUUAGAUGAACUGGCAAGAAUUGAAGCUGCUGGCGGCCGAGUGAUCUUUGUGAAUGGAGCUCGGGUUGAAGGCAUUCUUGCAAUGUCCCGUGCAAUAGGUGAUAAAUAUCUCAAACCGUAUGUUACAUCAGAGCCUGAGAUAACCUUCACAAAAAGGGAACCGGAAGAUGAGUGCUUGAUCCUCGCAAGUGAUGGCUUGUGGGAUGUUCUGUCAAGUGAAUUGGCUUGUGAGGUAGCACGUGAAUGCCUUCGAGAAGGAACUGCUGCUGCAAUGGUUGAUUCCAGGCCUCAUAUUGAAGAUGAAGGAGCUGGAGCAUUGUAUCCAUCUCGAAGUGUACUUGCAGCCGCACUGUUGACUCGCCUUGCUUUAGGACGAAAAAGCUCCGAUAACAUCAGUGUCAUAGUUGUUGAUCUGACGAAGAGCUGAGGGGGAAGAUAAAACGGAGAAGAGUCGGGAGAAUUGUGUAUACCACCUCAAAUCAAACUUCCUGUUCUACUGCUGCUUGUCUUGCCUUGUACUAAAAAGCUCUGAUAAAGUCACUGCCAUGGUUAUUGCUCUGAGAAAUGGAUGUUAAGAGGGAAAAAGGUAACUUAAAUGUUGAUAUGAACGUUGUACAGGUUUCUUUAAAACACAAAGGAGAGAGGUGGGUAAGGGGGAGUGAAAAGCACGCACACUGCACAGAUAUGUGGCAUUGAAGAAUAUUUGUCUGAACAAGUAUGAAAGCAUUUAAUUGACUCUAAUUAGCAUCA